CUCAGGAAAUGAUGUCAUUAGGCUCCUCCCUUCCCUCACCUGAACAGAGGGGUAGGGCCAGACUGAAGCCGUCUGUACAGACAGGAAAAAAACAAGGAACCAUUCACAACCUGUUUGUCUUUGACGGAAAACCUUUUUAUGUGAAAAAGAGAGUCCAGAUCGCACAGGAUCGUAUCAAACAGCUUGAAAAAUGGACGUCCCAGAAAAUUCCCCAGGGAUUAUGGGACUUCUAAAAAAUUUCGACGCUUCAGAGUUUGGGAGUUGGGAAAAGAUUGGCUCCGGCGGCUUCGGACAGGUGUACAAAGUACGACAUAUGCAAUGGAAAACAUGGUUGGCGAUCAAGUGCCCUCCUAGCCUUCAUUCAGAUGAAAAGGAGCGUGCUGAACUUUUAGAGGAGGCCAAAAAGAUGGAGGCGGCCAAGUUCCGCUACAUCCUCCCCGUAUACGGCAUCUGCGGCGAUCCACAGGGACUGGUGAUGGAAUACAUGGAGACAGGCUCUCUGGAAACUCUGCUGGCCUCGGAGCCGCUGCCCUGGGAGCUGCGUUUCCGUAUCAUCCACGAGACGGCGGUGGGGAUGAACUUCCUGCACUGCAUGAACCCGCCCCUCCUUCAUCUCGACCUCAAACCUGCCAACAUCCUGCUGGACGCGCACUACCACAUCAAGAUUUCUGACUUCGGCCUGGCAAGGUGGAACGGCUUUGCCAGGAAUGAUGAUAUGAGCCGCGAUGGGUUUUGUGGCACCAUCGCCUACCUUCCUCCAGAGAGAAUCAUAGAAAAAGACCGAAUCUCUGACGUUAAACACGACGUGUACAGUUUUUCGAUUGUUAUCUGGGGAAUCCUCACUCAGAAGAAGCCAUAUCAAGGAGACAAUAACAUCCUGCAGAUAAUGGUGAAGGUGGUGAAGGGCGUUCGUCCAGAUCUCAGCAUUAUUCCUCGCAGUCGUCCUCAGGCCUGCUCAGGCUUCCUGUCCCUAAUGCAGAAAUGCUGGGCACAUUCCCCCGAAGCCAGACCCAAUUUUCAAGAGAUCACUUCAGAGGCUGAGGAGUUGUGCACCAAACCUCAUGACGAGUCCAGAGCUUCCGUUUCUUCAGAAACAGACUCUUCCCUUUGUCCUGCCCCAGCCUCCAGUGAACAGACUAACAACCAAAAGCCGGUGAGGCCGAAGUCAGCCAUGUUACCUGAGAAAGACUACAGCCUGUCUGAGCUGCUGUGUCAGAUUGACUCCGGCUUGUCUCGCAGUUUUAGCAAUGUCAAGGAAGAGUCCCUUGAGAGCAAAGACAACACCAGCAAGAGACUGUCAGGAAUCUCCUCCGUGGACUCAGCUUUUUCAUCCCAAGGCUCGAUUACAUUGUCCUUUGAAAAAGAAAAUGCUGUGAAUGACUCCAGUGAGUUACAGAAGAAGAAGCUUUGUGAAGCCAUUCGCACUGAGGACAUUGCCAAGCUGAUGAAGAUCCUCCAACCACAAGAUGUUGACUUGCUUUUGGAGGGCGGCAGCAACCUGCUCCACUUCGCAGUGAGUCUGGCCAAUGAGGAAGCGGUUAAGUUUCUGCUACUCAGUAACUGCAACCCAAAUUUGCCCAAUAUUCACGGAGCCACGCCCCUCCACCUGGCCGCCGAAAAGCGACUGAAAGGAGUGUCUGAGAUUCUGCUGAGCCGCAAGACAACAAAUGUCAAUGCCAAGGACGAGGACCAGUACACACCUCUACACUUCGCAGCCCAGAACGGUGACGAAGCCCUGUCCCGUUUACUUCUUGAUCGUUGUGCUUCCAUUAACGAAACAGACGCUCAGGGACGCACGCCGACACAUAUCGCCUGCCACCAUGGACAGGAGAAUGUGGUGAGGGUCUUGCUAAGUCGUGGAGCUGACGUCCAUGUGAAAGGUAAAGAUGACUGGACGGCGCUACAUCUGGCUGCCUGGAAAGGCCAUUUGGGAAUUGUGAAGCUCCUGGUUAAGCAGGCAGGUGCUGAUGUUGAUGGCCAGACAUUGGAUGGGCGCACUCCGCUCCAUCUGGCAUCUCAAAGGGGCCAGUACCGGGUGGCACGGAUCCUGGUGGAGCUCGGCGCUAACGUGCAUCUCACCUCUGACGGCCUCCACACUCCACUUCACGUGGCUGCGGAAACCGGCCACACCAGCACUUCAAGGUUGCUUGUGAAACACGGUGCCGAUAUCCACAGCCGGACGGCCAACGGCUGCACCGCCUUGCACCUGGCCGCGCAGAAAGGCCACCUACCAACGGUAAAAAUGCUUUUGACGGAGGGUGCUGACCCUGAGAGCGCCAACCACGGCCUUCGCACGGCAAGUCACCUGGCUGCCGAGAGCGGCUACUGUGAGGUCCUCAAAGAGCUCCUGCAGAGCUGCCCCGACGUCGCCAACGCUCAAGACCGGAAUGGAUUCACUCCACUUCACCUGGCUGUACGCGGUGGCUACAAAGAUGCCAUUUGUGUCCUGCUCGAACGUGGAGCCGAUUCAGCACCAAUGUCUCCACAGCCCAUCCGAGAACAUUCGCUAGACUACACAUCAGAAUCGGAGCCGGAGAGCCCGAAUCCUUUCACUCCAGCAAAACUCCAGAGGAAAGUGGUUGUUCUGAAACUCACCACCCACAAAAACACUGACAACACACUGAUCCCUGUAGACUCUCCCUGUGAAUCGGCACUUUGUUGAGGAUCCUACUGGGCUUUGACCUAAUGGACUUCAGGAACCCCUGCAAAUAUGCUCAUAGACACUUUCUCUUUUUAUAAUUCCUACAUUGAUACUGGAUGUGUACAUAUUGUAAGUAAUAAUUUUUCAAAAUAUUGACCGAUAUUUCCUCCAGGGUUUGGGCUCUCGUUGUCUUUCCUCAUUAAUAAUAGUUAUUUUGUGAUUGGAAAUGCAUUUGUGUGUGUUUAUAAACACAUACAUACAUAUAUAUAUAUAC